GUGAGUCGUGUUGCUGUGAAAGCUGUUCGGUUCUGCUCUGGUGUUUUCCGGGGCCGACAAGGAAGCGGGGCGGGGCGGGGCGUGUCCUGUCCACUCACAAGGGUUUGAACUCUCAGGUAGCAACACCUUUCGCAGUUGUUUUAUUCUUCCACCUUGUCAGGUUAGAGUCACAUCUACUUUAACAUGACUUCCCGUCUGCUGGGUGCGUUUCUGUACCCCGGAGAAGACGUCGAAGAGAGGAAGCGUGUUUGAAAAACAAAGCGAGGAACACAGAGAACGAUAGGGGAAGGUCGUGACACUAACAAACCGGUAAAUGGAGAUUAUCACAUAUCUGGCUUUGCACUUUCUUCACUAGUUAAUCACGAACGAUCGGAUAUUUUUAUUUUUAUUUUUUACCUCUCCAAGGGGUCUUUUGUGGGCCCUAGUGUCCCAGGAAAGGACAUGCGACAAGUAUCAUCGGGUCUGGGAGUCGAACCCGCGACGAGGACUCAAGGCCACCAAACAUGGGUCGCGCUAACCCCUACGCCACCACGGCACGCCCCGAUCUGAUUCUUUUGAACAGCUCUUUACCAUGAAUGACAGGACUCGAGGACUUGUUACUCCUUGGUUCAUAGUUGAGUUUUAUUGUGUUGCCUUAAUUGUUAUAGUUAACGGUGCAGGAGAGGAAUUUUGUUUCUGCCAAAUCCACUCAAGUCCACUUUUUUUCCUCUGCUGUUUGUUACAUUUUCCCUUUUUUGUUUCUGUAUUACAAAUGGCACUAAAAUAAAAAAAUACACACAACACGUAAAAAAAAAAAAAAACAAAAAACUACAUUAGUAUUUGACAUAUUUUGAAAUUUUGUUGGAAAAUUUAGUAAAAGAACAUUCUGCAAGAACAUACUGCGGUUAUUUACUGAAUGCAGAUGAUUGAACUUCACUCAUGAACACAAUGAAGAUAAAACUUAGUGCUGUCAACCACACCCGUAUACACGCUACUCACCUCCGCUGGUCCCUGUUGGCAGAGCCUGUUGUGAAUGUUAAAGCUAGUUAGCAUGUCCACCAAUGACAGCGGAUAAACGGUUUUCCUGUAACGGUGAGUUGUUUCUUCACCAUUAGCACAUUUAGCUACUCAUACAUAAUCUUGAUUGACAGGCAGCUCUAAGGCCCUCCCCCUGGCUCUGAUUGGUUGUUUUGGUGUUUCUGCAGACGGUAAUAGUAGCUCAGGGACGAGGUGAAGCAGGUUCAUCUUUUCACAGAUUGUGUCAUAUUAUACUGUCAAGACAUGGUGACAGUUUCAACAAAUAUAUAAAAAAACAUACUUUUUAUAAAAGUUGACUACUGCACCUUUAAUGAACAGGAACCAACUGAAUCCCCUGCCAACCAGGAAAGCUUGUCUGAUUUGCAUCACUGGCUCUUGAGCAGAUCUUGAGUUCAGUGCCAGUCAGGAAAAUGGUUUCGAUGAACAUUUCAAGAGUUGGUUAGCGUCCCACCCAGAACCGCCAGGCUGCCAUAUUUCUCCUAUGAUCUGGUGGCAAGCAAAGCAGGAAGUCAAAGCAAGAGGAGUUUAGUUUUUCUGAGCCGGCAGGCGUCUGUUUCCUUGAGGUCUUCUUAGGCUAGGUUCUAGUUCUGUUUAUGAACCAGUGUGCUUUAGAUGAUGUGUUCAUUCCAGAAUCAGAUUGUAGAACCGCUUGUCUGGGACGUGGAGGAAAAAAAUAACUUGCCGAGAGCUCAUUUGGGACAUUCUUCAUGUGGUUUGGCUCGUGGACAUUGGCUGAGAGCUGCAUUAACAGUUCUAAUGGACAACAAGAGACGACUGAAGGACAUCUUCAUCUGCGUUUUGGUAGGAGUGACAGUGGUCAUCAUUUACCUUACCUUUGAAUACAAGCCUGAUCACUUGUAUGGACCAGCAAACAAAAAGUCCAAUGCCACGGCCUCUUCGCUGCCUGAGCCAAAGUGGGAGGACCCAGGCCCGUACCAUGUGGCCUACCCACGGAAGUACAGAUUCAUCAUGGAUAACUCUCCAACGUGCAAGACCGCCACUCCGUUCCUGAUCUUGAUGGUUCCCGUUGCUCCUGCCAAUUUGGAAGGUCGGGACACCAUCCGAAGGACGUGGGGGGGUAAGAAAAUGGUCCUCGGUCGGCUGGUUGAGACUGUCUUCAUAGUGGGGCUACCUGGAGGGGUUGAUGCCAACCAGCAGCAGGCGAGACUGAAACAGGAGAGCGAGCGGUAUCGUGAUCUCAUCCAGAGUAACUUCCAGGACAGCUACCGCAACUUGACCAUCAAGACCAUGGUCAUGCUGGAGUGGCUGGCUCAGCACUGCGCCAAGGCCAGCUUUAUGAUAAAAAUUGACUCGGAUAUGUUACUGCAUGUUGAUAAUUUGGUUGCAUUGUUACUUGACCCGGAGACGCCUAAGGAAAGCUACGUGUCGGGUUUGGUUUGGUGGCACAGCCCAGUUUCAAGAAACCCUUUCAACAAGUUCUACAUGCCAAGCCAUGUGAUCGCCGAGCCGGUGUACCCCCCCUACCCUCUGGGCAUGGCUUACGUCAUGUCUCUGGAUCUACCCAAGAAGAUCCUGAGUGUCUCGCCUCACAUCAAACCCAUCUACAUUGAAGAUGCAUACUUGGGCUUGUGCCUGAAUCGUUUGGGUGUCUCUCCUACCAACCCUCCUGAUCAGAGGAUGUUUCAGGUCAUCCCCAGGCAUCCUCUGAGCAGAUGCAAUCUCUCCAAAGUGAUCGCCACGACUACGACGAGCAUGUCACAAAUGCAAAUCUACUGGCAGAGGAUCGUGCAGGGAGUUCACUGCUGAGCCUGAUUUGAAUAUUGAUUAUUUUUGGAUGGUUUGGCAAAGUUUCUGGUUCAUUCUGGUUCACAGAAGGAAGCUAUCCUAUCCCCAUGGGAUAAGCAUUAUGUGGAAGGUCACAAACAGAGGAAUGGUAUUCUUACCAUUGCAAUAAUUUUACUCUUCGGCCUUUUCUUUUUGAUGCUGUACGUUACAGGUCAACAGGGAUUUGCUGGUUCUUAGCUUUUGGCUAAAGAAUGCAUUUUUUAGCCAAAUACAUUCCUAUGGCCAUAAGAAUGUAGCCAGGAAAACAAAAACGUCUAAUAACAUUUUGGAUCCCACCCAUUUCUGUCCAUGUUUUUUUUCCCGUUGAUUUGCACAGGAUUAACAAAGCAGACAAUCCAUGUAAUUAUUACAAAUAGCAUUGGUCCAUAAGUAAAACUAAUCCCGUGUGAAAAGGGCUUAAUGUUGUUUUAAAUUAUUUUACUAGGCUUUGAAGUAAGUUUUUUUUUUU